AUGGUGAUUGUUAUUUAUAUUGCAGCAGGUGUUGAAGGAGUGGAUAUAGUUUACGGUGGAAAGUGUGCAACAAAUGGAGAUUGUACAGAGGCAAAUAAUGUAUGUGCAGCAACCAAAUGUGCAUGUAGUCCAACUUCAUAUAAAACAGAUGGUACCAAUAAAUGUGUCCAAAAAAUUGAUUUAGGUGGAUCAUGUACAGCUACACCGACUGGUCAGUGUGCAGACCCUAACGCAGAAUGCGAUGGCAAAGCUUUAACAUGCGUCUGCAAUGACAAUUAUUUUGAAAAUAAGGAAUCAGUCUGUGCAUCACAGGUUACUACUAUUGAUCAUAAUUGUGACUCAACAGAAACUUCCGAAGAUCAAUGUAGUGUUGCCGACACAGAAUGUAGAAAUGAUGGUGCAGGAAGUAAAUGUCUGUGUAAAACCUCCCACUUUAAAGAUGGAACUACAUGCACAAUCAGAAAGAAACCAGAAGAAACUUGUACUGCAGAUCAGUGUGUUAUUCAUGCAACUUGUAACACUACUUCUAAUCUUAAUAAAUGUAAAUGUAAUGCAGGUUAUACUGCAACACCAACAACCACACCUACCAUGUGCAGUGGUGUAACUCAAAUCACAAGUGUGUUGUACAUGUUGGCGUUACCAAUCUUUGUAUCCCUGUGUCGUCUACGAUAA